GCCGGCGCUGGGAGGAGCGAGGGGGGAGGGGAGGGGCUGGAGGACCGACAGUGCCGGCGCUGGGAGGAGCGAGGGGGGAGGGGAGGGGCUGGAGGACCGACAGUGCCGGCGCUGGGAGGAGUAGGCGGGGCCCCGAGAUCCGCUCCGGCACUUUGUGUGUUUGUUUGUCCGGGAGACUCGGGUCGUGACGGGUCCUGGAACUGGUGUGAUCCGGGGACGUUGGAGGACUAAGUGGGAGGACCAGCUGCACCCGGGGACGUUGGAGGACCACUCUGAGCAUCUUGGAGGAGCAGCUCGAUUGACAAGAGCACCACAACUAUGGCUAAACCGAAGCUGGUUGUCUUCGACCUGGGACGGGCGAGGUGGAGGACAGCUCGGGCCGCCGGGUGCGCCUGUAACCGGGAGGUGGGGGCGGUGAUGGAGAGACUGCGGCAGGACGGCAUCCUGAUCGCUGUCGCGUCACGUACGGGCGAGGUGGAGGGAGCCAACCAGUUGUUGCAUCUCUUCAAGCUCGACCAACUACUGUGCCAGAGAGAGAUCUACACUGGCUCCAAGGUCACCCACUUCCGCAGGUUAAAGGAUGGGACGGGUCUCCAGUACAACCAGAUGAUCUUCUUCGACGACGAGGAACGGAACAUUCUGGAAGUCGGCAAGCUGGGAGUAUUGUCGGUGUUGGUCCCCAGGGGGAUGACGGUGAAACUGUUGGACGACGGAUUGGCCGAGUUUUCCCGCCGAGCGGCUGGAGGACGGUGACCCUGGAGGUCGAGGGUCGGAGGUCGGACGGCCGGACACGUCUCUCUCUCCCCCUCCCCGCUUGCCACACAAUAAACCGUUGCCACAGUC